GACCUUGGACGACCCAACCAACGGCAUUCGUUUAAAAGAGGGACCGUUUUGGGCGGGUCUUUCGGGCAUCGUCGUUUCGUUAGCCUCGGCUCGUUUCGGAUGCUUGGCAGUUGGCAGUCGGGAGGAAGCAAGAAGCGAAGUACCAAGGGUAUCUCGUCACGUCUCAUUGUCAGUUCCCUCUCGAUCGUAGCCAAGUACGCGGCCCGUUAAACGAGGCUUCAGCGAGGACAAAGGGACUUCGAAGCGAAACAGUGAGACAAAAGCGGCUGGACCCAGAGCGCGUCGGAGGUUCUUCUAUUGACACGGGGGCAAAGUAGCAGCCAUGGGCACGCCGUUGUUCGAUUCCCUCGUUAAUUGCAUCAUCCUCGCGGUCGGUCUUCGUGGGAUUUUUGCCGUGCCAGCUAAAAUCGACGAUCAAUUCCGCUCUUCGACGGACGCCGCCCCGAUACGCGAACACGUCGCAAGCGAGGCCAAGUGCCCGUGCAACGGAAACGCUUCGGCUUCGUUGGACUGGCCCGCGCGCGAUCACCAAUGGGACCAGCUUCGCACGCGAAACGUGAUGGUGCACGGUAUGGUUUGCUCGUGCAAUCUCGGGAUGCGAGCCGCGCUGGCACGCGACGAUUACCGUCACACGCCUGGCAUCGGCUCGCACAAAUUACACACCAGAGCUGCGACAUGGAACGUCGCACGGAAGCUUUGCAUCGAGGAGGGCGGUCACCUGGCCAUCGUCAAUUCUUUCGCAGAGGCGCACAUAUUAAUGGAUAUAUUUAAUCGAUCGGGCCCGGUGAAGGGUGCCGUGUACCCGGACGAAGCCUUUCUGGGUGUACACGAUCUCUUUUCGGAGGGCGAUUGGGUGACAGUGCUGGGCGACUCGUUGGCGAAAACUGGUUACACCGCGUGGAGCGACAAGUGGGGUGGACAGCCGGAUAAUGGGGGCGGACGGCAAAAUUGCGGCGCCUUCAUGAAGGAAGGUGGGAUGGACGACGUAGCGUGCGACGUGCCCUUCCCGUUCUUCUGCGAGCAACCGACGAUGCAGCUCCUCUAACGGCUGUUAAUUUCCUCUUUCGAGCGAUCACGACCACCCGAGAUCCUCCCCGAAGAUCGUCCCCGCUGGCGUGAGAUUGCGUCGCGUCGCGUCGCGUCGCGUCGGCCCGCUCCGACACGCCUGUCGCUUACCGAACCGACUUUAACGGAUUCGAUACUUAUCGGAUCUUGGCAGCGGUUCGCUGUUCGAAAGGUGGGUCGGUUAGUUUCGUCCUUGCGAAAGUCUAUGUCACUUUAGAGCAGGGCUUCAUCGUCACGAUACAUUUACAUAUCUUUAUUUCAUAUUUUAUUGGUCGCAAAAAAAAAUCAUAAUCAUAAAUGGGGUCGUGAAUGAAAAAGUUUAAGAAGCCCCGCUUUAGAGAAAUGCAACGAGUUGGAUUGAUGUCAUAGAUGGCUGUCGUUAUCGAUAUUCUUGACGUGUACGCGGAUAUAAACACCGAAUAAAGUUUUCUUUUGUACCGAACCUACCUCGCUGCCUGAGCGUCGCAUACCUCAGAGUUACCUAAACCAACGUUAAUUUCUGUUUUCUACUUAAUCACGGAGUAGAGAGGUUUUCGCUGGAAGAGAUUGCGUCGUGCCUCUUUACGACGCGUGUCGUUGCGACGCGAACCGAUUAACGACACGUCGCGUCGCGUCGGUUGCGAGAUGGUCAGGAGGAUCCCAAACGAGUUGCGCCAUGCCACGCACACGCGAUCGCUCUGCGUUUCGAAUAAUUACGUCCGACGUUGAGGAAAAGCCUCCCUCGAAGCAGUUCCUCCGAUGUUCGCGACGGCUCGAUUACGUUGCGUCUUUUGGGCGGAGAUACGCACCGUGAUACGUAAAAAUGAUUCACGACCUCAGGGUUGCCGAGCACGUUUAGCCAAAUAGCCGAUUACCGGCUAUCGCGGUAAUCUGCCAACUGCGAUCUUUCCAAGUCGUAGAACGAGCUGUUAAUUUUCAUUCGUCGAGUGCAAAUUUACUCUCCUUUCAAUGUCAAAGUAACAAAGUUAAAUUAAAACUGCUGCCCGAGUUACGAAGGUUGCUAAAAUUUCAGACAGAAGACCGUUCUCGUGGUUACCGAUAAACCAACUCCGAUUUCACGUACUCGCAGAGUCUAUAAAUCGUUUCAGUCUCCUCGAUUUUUACUUCCUGACCGUCGCUGCUAUCCAUCUCCCUCGUUAAUACGAUUUUUCCGCCCCCGAGCCGUCCCUCGUCGCGGCUUUGUCUCAUUUUUUUUUUUUCAUUUUUGUAUUUAUUUUAUUUUAUUUUCUUCCACGCCACGCCCCGAUGCUCGCGAUCCUCUCCAAGUAUUUUUAAUGGUGUUUCCACCUACAGGACGAGACGGAAACUGGUUCUUGAGUGCUUCCAAUGUACUGCAAACAACUCCGAAACAAGAGCACAAAGAGCGGAACAAAGCGAGACCGACGCUGUCGCGGCGUUUCUUUAUUUCCGCUGCGAUACGCCGUCGUGUAUAUGUACAUAUAAAAAAUUGCAUCGGAAGAUCGAUGAAAUCGACUCGAACGUCUUUGUUCUCUGACAGGCUUCGUUUAUUCCUCCGUCGAUUUACUCUUCAAUCAGAACUCACCCGGGGUGAAGCUCUAAAAAUAUUCCAUGAAAAUGAAAUGACUACGACGUUGACGGCGAGUUUCGUUUCGUUUAUUAUUUCCAACCAUCAAGAAAAUGAAGUUGGCUGUUAGAUGGGGACAGAAAUGAAUUUCGUUUCUUGCGAGAUGCACCAAGUUCCGAGAGGGGUGGGGUCAGCGAUGUCGCAGAUUCAGGAAACGCGACACGCUCCUAACCUCCAACUCCGUGAUUUACCCGGAGAUUGUUAGCAACUACAACAAAAAUUCAAAAUUUUCCCUUCUGUCAUAUUUUAUCGGCGAUAAAUCAAUCUUCCGCAAGAAUUACGCGAGGCCGGUUGAACAAGCGCGUAACGAAACGUAAUAUAUUACGCGGUGGGACGAUGUCGUCGCUGAUCGUAGCGCAAGACUCGAGGAUGAUUAUGCUGGAGCUGGCCGUGCAAAACGUAAGUAAUUAUCGCGGAUACGUUGCAAUUUUCAUCGUUGUUUGUGCAAGCGAUCAUCGUUUUCUAUACCGGGUUCGAAAUGUGCGCUUCCAUAAAAUUUCUUUUUCGAAUAAUAGAAUGUACAAUGUAGUCGUCAAUGGCAGGUAGGAAGGCGGCGGGUCGCGCAAACUCUGUCGAGUCUAAAAAUUGAAAGACAACAACCGUGUCAACGGAUCAUCGUUAAUUAAAAAAAAAAAAAAACCUCAUAAAAAUUAAAAGUACGUGUCGCAAUCAGACCGCAUCGGGUCGCAUAAAAAUAGAGCGAUUUUCCAUCCUACGAUAAAAAUGGACAACACUAUUCCUGGAGCCUUCCUCUAUAAAAUCCGAGUUCGAAGAAGGUCGAACGACUCCGAGGACAAUCGGGAAAAAAAUAAAACCCGAGGGCUGUGCUCCGGGAAAUGCGGUUCCGACGCUACCGAGACUACGCCGUUAAAAGUUGCAUGUUUUUACACGGUUCUUUUACACCCACGGUUCCGCCACGGCGAUAAAACGACAGUCGCUUUUAAGAACUCGUGUUUUGGAAAAAGACUAUCACGGUAAAUCAGAGUUUUAAUCUAUCGUUCUUACGUUCCUUUGAUUAGAAU